CAGAGAUAAGUACAGUUCAUUUCUCUUUUUAUUAGAAAGUUUAGGUUUAGAUUAUCCCUUAGUAAUAGGUUUUAUUAUAGUGGAACGGUAGCCUAAUGUACAUUUAGGUGAUGCUCCUUAAAGAGGAAAGACGUAAAUCAGAUAAAAGAACCAGAUGUGUAAGUUUAGGGUUGUAACGGUUAUGUCCAUGUAAAUAGUAUUUUUUUUUCUUUUUCCUGAUCUUGUAUUAUUGCAUUGUACCACCGUCUUAUGUUCUGUAUUAUAACGAAAGGAAAAUAAGAAUCAAAUCUAGAUCUUUAUGCCAGAUUGGCCUAGGUCCCAUCAUUAGAAGUUAGUCUCAUUUAGUAUAAGUUCAUUUAUUUUUAAUUUUAUUAUUCUUUAUUGUUUAUAAUUUAACUUAGAUAUGUUAUUUUAACUUAUCGCUAUACCUCGGGUAAGUUAUGUUUGUGUGAACUGGAUUAGGUUAAAUAAAUCUAAUCUAGUCGGAUAAAUUUAUCUAUUUAUCCAUGAGAACUGUAUAGCCACAUUUAACUUUUGGACUAUAGCCUCAAACUAGAUCUAAUAAGUUUAUGUUUUCUGAAACACAUUAGAUCUAUAUCUAUAUAGUGUACAAAUUUUCACAAAUUUUGCUAGAAUACAAGUACGCAGCAAAAGAAGAAUAUUGAACUCAGCUAAUGGUAAUAAUUGUUUGAUUAUUUAAGGGCAUUAAAUUGAUUGAAUUGAUUAAUUAUUGAACUUGUUAAUAACCUUAUACUAGAACUAGAUACAAGUAGAUCUAGAAAUAGAUAAACAACAAGGCCGAUAUACAAAACACACAGGCUUUAUUCCACCAUAUUAGAUAACGAACAGCAACAAGCACUUCCUAAUCCGCUAAGGGAACUAACUCUCACACAACAUUACAUCAUAUAUCAACAUCCUUCUUUCUCUACAAAAAUAACAUUAUACACCUGAUCACAUAUUCUAUAAAAAUAAAACUACAUAUCUUCCCUUUUUUCAAACAAUAACAUUACAUGUAUUAGUCUUAAAGAAAAAAAAAUAUGACAGAAAAAAAAUCCAAAAUAAAUAUCAUAGUAUCUGUGUCAAUAUAAUCAGCAGAGCCAUCCAUCUGAAUGGUUAGUUAGAUAAUAGUUCACAGUGUUUCAUUGACACACCUUUGGGCCUAUCACCAAGGCAUCCCUCAGACUCCUGGGUUUCUGAAAUGUUUCCUUUCCAUUCCUUGUCAUCUUGAGGCGGUACUUUCCUGAGAUCUGUUUCUGAACCAUCUUCAUUUCUACCAGAGUUCUGUCGCAAUCUUUCCAUAUUCUUCACAGCAACAUGUUCACUUUGUUUAUAAAACUCCUACACUGGGACGAAAAAUGAUUCAGUCUCUGGCACGUGUAGCAUUCUUUACCCGGGCUUGAUAAACAGUGCUUUUAUGGACGUGAUACUUGCCACAGCAUCUAGAUUCUGGAAGGUUACUGUCCUUAGUUAGUUCUCUGAAUCGUUUGAGCGAUGAUGUACAACUACUAGUGAUAGAGUUGAUAGAAGUGUCUUGAUUAGACGUAGACGACUUCUUCCUAUGGUUACUCUUCUGUGACUUGCAUUUCACUGCAAAGUGGUUAAUAAUUUGACAGUUGAAACAAGUUUUCCCCCAAGCUGGGUAUGUCUUUCUGCUGAAUUCAUGUCGGCCUCCACAAAAUCUGCAAUCUUUGGUAAAUUUUCUUUGUGGAGCUUUGUGGUUAUCUGCUUUUUCAAUCUUCAGAACAUAAUCGGUUUGACUAGACUCUUUAUUCAUUUCCUUGAGACUAUUGGAAGUGUGUUCAUAGACCUGGCAGAUUUCUAUAGCCUUUUCUAGUGUCAAAUCUGAACACAUUAGUAGCUUCUCUUGUAAACGUUGAUUAGCAGAAAAGACGAGUUUAUCUCUUAUCAUUCGGUCUUUGUCUUUAAAACUGCACUUCUCAGCCUGUGUUCUCAAACUAGUAAUAAACAAAUCAUAUGAAGAGACACGAUUCAUGUUCCAGAACCUAUAAGCUUCAAUUACUUUGUUCUUCCUUGGAUGACAGUAUUCGUGUAGCUUUUUUAACAAUAUGUCUGGAUCAUUGUUAUCUUCAUGGUCUUCAUAAAUAAAAUGAUCACAUACUUCUUGAAAAUGUGCACAAUGAAGGAUUAUGGCCUUUCUUUGACAUUUCCGUUUCUUGUCGGCGUCUGACGCUAGGAGGUAAAUCUGCAUCUGUCUUCACCAUUGCCGAAAAUUUUCACUAACAUUUCCUUCUAUUAUGUUUAAUUCUGUUGGUGGUUUAAGUUUAACUUCUGUCAUUUUCAAUGAAAACUUUACUAUAGUUAGUAUAGUAUAUUUACUAUCUGAACUAGACUUAACUAAAUCUAGAAUACCAUAACUCGGCGUAACUGAAUAACCUUGAACCUUUUUACUCUAGACUGGAAUCUACUACAUCUACACUUUAGAUCUAUUUUUUCUAAACUUAAUUUAACUAGAUUUAUAGUACUGAUAUAUAAAUGUAACUAUAGCUCUUGUUACCGCUGCCACCAUGUUAAUAAGCUCAUAGAUACAAGUAGAAAUAGAUAAACAACAAGGCGAUAUACAAAACACAACACAGGCUUUAUUCCACCAUAUUAGAUAACGAACAGCAACAAACACUUCCUAAUCCCCUAAGGGAACUAACUCUCACACAGCAUUACAUCAUAUAUCAACAGAACUAGUUGUUAGAACUAUUUGAACUAGAUAGUAGAUUUGACCUGAACUUAUUUGACACUGGUACUGAGAUUGUCAAGUCAUUGUUCAAUGCUUCAAUUUAUCUAGACUAAACUCAACUAGAUCUAGUAGCUUGACUAGUUAAGUUCUAAAGUUGUCACUUAAGAAAACUUGAAAUCUAGAUCCAUAAGCCUUAUAAGGAUAGUAAAAUCUAGACAAGUAUAGACUAGAUCUACUAUAAACUAAAAUAAACAAAAUCUAUAAUUCAUUGAUUUGAAUUUGGUUAUAUCUAAAUCUUGACUUUGCUUGAUCUAAUAAUCUAAUACUAAUACCACUAAGAAUAGAUUGGUAUUUUAGAUACAAAAGUGAUAAUAUUAUCAUAAUACUAAUAAAAGGACAAAGUUAGAAGUGAUCUAAUAAAGAAAUAGAUCUAAUUCAAAUUAAAAUACAUACACUAUUACUAAUAACUCAACACUUGUAAUUGAAUUACAAUUAAUCUGUGAGUAGUGUAAAAUUAAAUUUCAAGCACAUUAAAUAAAAUGGCAACAUCCGCAUAUGUGUAGGCCUAUCUUAAGGAGCUAAAAGAAACAGCUAUGCAGGAUGGAAAGGCCAUGGACUUAAAGGGAAAAGACUUAGUAGCUUAUGUGCAGCAAGUUAUAAAAGAAGAAACUGAAAGACAAAGGCAAGGAAAAAAAAAGAAGAAAUUGAAAGACAAGACAGGCUUAGAAGAGAAGAAACUGAGAGACAAGAAAGAGAGGCAGAAAGAAAAUACAAAGUUGAUAUGGAGAAAGCAAAGGCUGAAGCUCAAAUGGCACAAAAGCAAAUGCAGCGCAAGCAGCCACAACACAAACCACUCAACAAAAUAUUGAUAACAAUGCCAAUAAUACAAAUAACACAUGUAAUAAUUCAAAUCCUCAAUUUUGACUCAAACGCAAACUGCAAAGUUUUGAUGAAGGCAAAGAUGAUAUUUGGGACUUUCUAAAAAGGUUUGAAAUUAAACUAUCUACCUUCAAUGUACCAGAGGAGGAAUGGUCAGAAAUACUACUGGAUUUUGUACAUGGACAAGCUUUGACUAUAUGUCAAAAUCAUGAUCACAGAAUAGAAGAUAGCUAUCAAAUACUAAAAAGGGAACUUCUUAAUGCUUAUGGACAUAAUGCAGCUACAUUUAGAAAAAAAUAUUUUGAAAACAGUCCAUCAACACAAAUUAAACCCCAAACUACUAAUAAUUUAGAAAAAGAUUUCUUUAAUAAAUAGCUAAAACUAGAGAAAGUAGGAAAUUCACAUGAAGCAUUGAAAAACUUUAUUUUAAUUGACAACUUCUUAAAUAAAUGUGACCCACAAUUGCAAUCUUUUAUUAGGGAAAGAAACCCAAAAUCAAUUGAUGAAAUAACAGAAAUAAUGAGAAUUUACAAGAAUGCAUACCCACAUAAUCCAUUCUCUCAUAAAGAUAAACAAAUUGACUUGUAGGAUAUACCAAUGAUAAAUACUCUAAACACACUGAAGAUUUGAAAACAGACAUAGAGAUAGUUCUAAAUCUAGAGAUACUCAUUUUGAUGAAAUAAUUUGUUUUAACUGUCAAAAGAAAGGACACAUAGCUUCACAUUGCAAGAAACCCACAUAUUAUAGAUCAAAUGAUAGGAUCUCAUAUAAUAGAGAUAGGAAUCAAAACAGAAGAAGCAGUAGUAAAAAUAGGGAUAGAAAGCAAACAUGCAGAGUUUACUAUACAAAUGAUAAUCAUGAUAGGGAUUACAGUGAUGAUGAUAGUGAAGUUGAAGAAGUAAAUUAUUGUAGAAUCAGAGGUAGAGGAUAGAAGAAAUAGUUUUAAUUUUUUCCCAGGUUUGGUAAAUGGAAAACUUUGACUUUUAUUAGUGAUACAGCUUGUACAACAGUUGCCAUCAAAUCUAAAUUUGUAGAUCCUUGGUGUUAUUUAGAAUAUUGUGACAGGUGGUGAAAUGUGACGUGUGUUUGGCGCGUUUUAUGUCUAGGGGAUGAUUAUUUUUAAAGCUAUCACACACCAACCUAUCAGCAUAUGAAUCGGGAGCAGACACGCAACGAGACAAAGCAAUGAAAGAUAGAUACAAAAGUUAAAAAUGAAGAAUAUUUAUUUACAUAAAUAUACAUAUAAGAAUAAAAAGGGGGAGGGUUUGCUUCUAUCUCUAAAUAAUACUAGCUUUAAUCAUCACUCUUGCAUUUAAUAAGAGAGUAUGUCACUUUGUCCUCUGACUUAGCUGGUUGUCCUGUUGAUGUCGCAGCUGGCUGUGUCCUGGCUUGAGGUUCUGCAGCUGGAGGUGGCGCUCUAGCGGAUAGAGGGACGCCGGUGAUAUAGUUCUUGUGGAGUCUCAAUCCCCAAAAUCUAAUAUCUGUAGUGGGCACAGUAGGGCGGGUGGCUGGCUACCGUGGGCACACGUGUACUGCGGGCAGAGCGGAUCUGCCUGGGCAGCGUAGUGAACAGGAUAUGUCCAGUGAGUUGCAGAGGGUUGGCGUAGCUAUGACGUCUCGCACAGAUCUGAAUCUAUAGGGACGUCGCACCUAAUAGCUCGGCAGGUGGGCUGUCGAAUAGGCGGGCAAUGCCGAUAGCGCCAAGUAAUAGAGUUGAGUAGAUCUCAGUAGGCAAAGGCAGUGCUGAAUAGCACUAAGGACAAAGAUAGUAGGUGAUUCUUGAUAUCAUACAAAUAGGCAGACACCUGAGGGAGGCUGCGGAUAAAGACAAGUUAGGACAUGUCUCUUAUGCAUCUUAUCGAUGCCCUCGACUGAGGUGCAUUCGUCAGUGUGGUGAAAUAGUUACUAUUUGUUUAUGUUUGUGUAACAUCGUGAGAAUGUGUUCACAACAUUGAUCUAGUGUGCUACUGUCCAAGUCUCUUUCGUCAGUUCAUGUGUCGUUCUAGUUUAAUAAAUUGUAAUAAGAAAUAAAGGAACACUGAAGAGUAACCUAAAACAAGGCUUUAUUAAACUAGAACGACACAUGAACUGACGAAAGAGACUUGGACAGUAGCACACUAGAUCAAUGUUGUGAACACAUUCUCACGGCUUUCCGCCAGCCUCUAUGUGCCUCACGUAUCUUUUUGGAUUUUCGUUAAACACUAUUCUCAGUCUGUAAGUAAAAGUAAUUAUACAAAUGGAACGGCUAUUUAGGCCAAAAGAGCUAGACAUAGAGCCUAGCUCGCCGUCGGCUGCCGAGAAGUGGCUGCACUGGCUUAGAACAUUUGAGAAUUUCAUCUCCUCAGUCUCUCACUGUGAGAUUGACAAAAAGAAAUUACUGGAAAACUACGUUUCUUCGAGCGUAUUUCAGUACAUAAGUGAGUGUACCACGUUCGAAGAAUCAAUCAAAGUUCUACAAAAUGUCUACGUGAAGCCUAAAAGCGAAAUUUUUGCACGGCACAUGAUAACUCUUUGUCGACAAGAGAACGGACAAACCGUUGACUCCUUCCUACUUAAGCUUAAAAGUAUGACCAAAGACUGUGACUUCAAAGCUGUCACCGCUGAAGAACACAGAGAUAUCUUCGUAAGAGACGCCUUCAUUACUGGACUGGCUUCAAACAGCAUAAGGCUGCGACUCUUAGAGAAAUCUACUUUAACUCUACAGUGCGCCUAUGAAGAGGCAAGACAACUUGAAUAUGCCCAUAACCAUGCCAUGGCGUAUAACAUCUGCUCUGAAACUCCCUGUGGAGCUAGCGCCGACGAGGAGAGCCUUUCUCCAACGACAAAAGUAGAACACGAGGUGAGUGCGGCGACUAGUAAAAGAUGUUUCUUUUGUGGAAACAGCCCACAUCAACGCUUUAGAUGUCCGGCCCGCGACGCUACAUGCAACUUGUGCGGUAAGAGGGGCCAUUUCCAGAAAGUCUGUAGAUCGACCAGACAGACACUCAAAUCUAUAACCUCAGCCAUAGUGAAAGCAGAUGAUGAGACGUCUCGGACUACAACCGUUGGAUCCUCCUGGGCAUCGACACCAGCGUCCGGUCUUACUAAAUCUACUAUUUCAAUACUCGUCAAUGGAGUACCAUUGAAGGCUCUCGUAGAUACGGGGAGCAGUGAAAGCUAUAUAUCUUCUUCAAUUGCUAAAAGGUACAGAUGGAAAUUAGAAACGUCCAGAAACAGAAUCUACAUGGCCUCUACACAUCUUUCUCGCACUACUCACGGCCAUAUUUUCGCAAAAAUAAAGUACAAAGAUGAACAAUACGAAAGUGUUAAGCUCUCACUACUAGAUGGACUAGUAUCUGAUGUAAUCUUAGGGCUAGAUUUCAUCAGCCAGCAUGAAAAACUGAUGAUCCCAUUUGAGGGAAAACGGAGCACUCUCCAGGUCUGUACGCUGAAAGCUGCACGAGUUGAAGCCCCUCGCCUCUUCGCUAAUCUUGCUCCUAACUGCCACCCCAUAGCCACUAAAUCUAGAAAAUAUUCUUUGCCUGACUCCAAAUUCAUUCAAAAUGAAAUCAAGAGACUCCUAUCUGACAAAAUUAUUGAGCCUUCCACGUCCCCGUGGCGAGCCCAGAUAAUUGUAACAACUAAUGAAAGGCACAAAAAGAGAAUGGUUAUCGACUAUAGCCAAACCAUCAAUCGAUUCACUUACCUCGACGCGUACCCCGUGCCAAAAGUUGAUGAACUGGUGCAGGAAAUAUCUAAAUACUCAAUGUACAGUACAUUUGACCUCAAAAGCGCUUACCACCAGAUACCUAUCAGGGAUGAUGAAAAGCAGUACACGGCGUUCGAGGCUGGCGGAAAGCUUUAUCAGUUUUGCCGCAUUCCUUUUGGAGUGACAAACGGAGUCGCUGCAUUUCAAAGGACGAUCAACACAAUAAUUGAGGAGGCAGGGCUACAGGACACGUUCGCUUACGUGGAUAACGUUACCAUCUGCGGACUUGACCCCAGUAGCCACGACCAGAAUCUACAGAGAUUUCUCAAUGCCGCUAAAAAGUACGGUAUCACCUUCAACAAUGAUAAAAGUGCUAUUGCGACUAAUAAAGUAUGCCUCCUAGGCUACGAAAUCUCACAAGGGCAAUUAAGACCAGACCCCGAAAGAUUUCAAGCAUUGAGAAACCUACCUCCACCACAAGACAUGAAAUCACAAAAGCGGGUGAUUGGACUACUGUCCUAUUAUUCUCAAUGGAUCCCAAAUUUCUCCAACAAGAUCCAUUUAUUGGUAAACAACAAAGCCUUUCCUCCCCCUGAACAAGUUCAAGAAGCUUUUAAACAGCUAAAACACGAACUUGAAAACGCUGCUGUGUCGACGAUAGAUUACAAUCGACCUCUAACAGUCGAAACAGAUGCCUCUGACAUCGCGAUUGCCGCCACUCUUAAUCAAGAAGGCAGUCCUGUCGCCUUCUUUUCAAGAACACUCACGAAUAGUGAACGCAGACACUCAGCAGUAGAAAAGGAAGCAUACGCUAUCGUAGAAGCCCUGAGAAAAUGGCAACAUUACCUUAUCAGUAGACCCUUCACAUUGGUUACAGAUCAACGCUCAGUGUCUUUUAUGGUUGACCAGCAGAACAAGGGCAAGAUCAAAAACGAAAAGAUACAAAGAUGGCGACUGGAGCUUAGUUGUUUCCAAUAUGACGUCGUAUAUCGACCCGGGAAACAAAACGCUGCGGCGGAUACCUUUUCAAGAAACCACUUUGCGUCAGCAAUGACUGGAGAAGACCUCAAACUGUUACACAACAACCUCUGUCACCCAGGGGUCACGAGACUCCUCCAUUUCGUUCGGACUAAGAACUUACCUUUUUCCUGCGAGGACGUCCGCAAAGUGGUAAACCAAUGUAAAACUUGCGCUGAACUGAAGCCUAGAUUCUUCAAACAGUUUUCAGGCACCCUCAUCAAGGCUACCCAACCAUUUCAGAGAGUAAGCAUCGAUUUUAAGGGGCCACUCCCAUCUGCUACUCACAACAAAUACCUAUUAACAAUGGUGGAUGAGUACUCACGCUUCCCAUUUGCCUACCCAUGUCCCGAUAUGUCCUCAUCUACUGUCAUAAAGUGUUUAAAUCAGCUGUUUUCCUUAGUUGGGAUGCCAGAGUACGUCCAUUCUGACAGAGGUACGGCCUUUAUGUCGAGGGAGGUGCAAUCCUUUCUGCACGAGAGGGGAAUAGCUACAAGUAGAACAACCGCUUUUAAUCCUUCAUGCAACGGACAAAUUGAACGACUAAACAAAACUCUAUGGAACGCUGUUACUUUAGCACUGAAAGACCUCGAUCUCCCGAACUCGAGAUGGGAGCUUGUCUUGAACCAGGCCCUAUACUCGAUUAGAUCAUUACUAUCUACGGCAACAAACGAAACUCCACACGAGAGAGUUUUCCGGUUCAACCGGAAAUCCUCCUUCGGGAUAUCUAUCCCCACUUGGCUAUCUAGCCCAGGUCGAGUGUUGCUGAGAAGAGAGAACCGAUCUUCAAAGUAUGAUCCUCUCACGGAGGAAGUCGACCUGCUGAUGUGUAACCCCCAAUAUGCCGUCGUACGGUUGCCCAGCGGUAAAGAGGAGACGGUCUCUCUAAGACGCUUGGCUCCCACCCCCUCCCCAUCCACAACAACAAGUGAACCUUCGUUCUUCCCUCAGGGUGAGGAUAAUGAAUAUCCUCCAGAAACUCAAAACACGGAAGUACCAGUAAACACCCCUACGGUGAUACAAGAAAGGAAAGAACCCCUGGUAGGCUCUGAGGACCUCCGAGCGCUUCCUCUUGAAAAUACCCCAAUUGACGCUCAGGAACUCGCUAGUGACUCCCAAACUGUAGAACAGGAUAGUCAACCCCGUUACAACUUAAGAGAGAGAAGAACCAGACCGAACUAUAGAGUCUAGAGUUGUUCCUCUAUUGCACUACUUAUGUUCUACAUAAACUGGCAUUGUUUAUCUCUUGCUACUGAUACUAGAGUUUACUUUUUACUUACUUACGUACAUGUUUACUUACUACACUAUUUGUUAAUACUUAAACAGAAACUAUUAAUUGUUUAUAAGUCAUACAACAGAUACUGGUUUUUAGGUUUCUUUGUAUCACCAUUCACUAUUGUUUACUAGAGAAAUUAAUAUUUCGACACUAUUUAUUGAUCUAUUGAUAAUCUAUUGUAUUACAGGCACUGGCAUUCUCUCUUCAUUUAUGCUAUUGGCCUACUAUAUUAUUAUACUUGCUAUUUUAAUUCUAGGCGGGGUGAAUGUGGUGAAAUAGUUACUAUUUGUUUAUGUUUGUGUAACGUCGUGAGAAUGUGUUCACAACAUUGAUCUAGUGUGCUACUGUCCAAGUCUCUUUCGUCAGUUCAUGUGUCGUUCUAGUUUAAUAAAGCCUUGUUUUAGGUUACUCUUCAGUGUUCCUUUAUUUCUUAUUACAGUCAGAUUGGUAAAAUUGCUUUUGAGCACAAAAGGGGAGAUGAUGACAAAUGGGAUUUGGAAUAAUAGAUGGCUCAUAGUAGCAAUAUAAAAAUGUACAUAAAAGGAGAAAUAAUAAUAUAAAAAUGUACAUAGAAGGGGAAAUAAUAAUCUCGAAUAAACAACACAAGUUGGAAGAGAAAAGAGGGGGGUGUUGGGCGGUGGUCAGCGACCAAGACGGUUUGUUUACAUAUGACCGUAGGUCGAGACAAUGGAGCGCGCUUGAAUGGAGAGGGUGUCCGUUCAAGGGGCGCAACUCUCGUUAGAGUAAAAUGACUACAGGGGAGAUAAUUCAAUACAGGGGAGAUAACUCACAUCUCCUUUCUAAGCGCAGUAUUAGUGCGAUAGUAAAAUUAUCAAGGCGGCCAACAUAGAUAAAGGAAAUAAAAUAAGAUGUACAAAUAUAUACAUGGUUGCAUCAACGAUCAAUAGAGCAACGUAGCAUUAAUAGAUUAAUGCAAUACAUAAAUAAAUACAUAGGACAUGUUUAUGUUUUCUACUUACGCCAGUGAGAAAUACACUAUGCACUAAUUAAAUAUAAGUGAAAUAAGGAAAAUACACAUGAUAAUAUCCAAUGGAAAUAGCACAGAAGUAAUUAAGAUGGAACUUGUGAUUAAGUUCGGCUUACCACCAGGUAUUCCUCUAGGAGGGAGAAUAAAUGAUAUAGUCCAGACUCGAUAGCUCAGCUUGAAUGAGAAAGGAGAGAGAGUCUGACUUGAUUUAAUUUACCUUAUAUACCAAGGCCUGGAAAAUGUGGGCGGACACAGGAAAUGUCCUAGGCUUAGAAUUAUCUCACACGUGGGUGAAGUCCGACAAGGGAUGGGAUUCGCACAUUGGGAGGUCAAUGGGCGUGUUUGUCCUCGUGGUCUCCUAGAUCAAAGAGAGACAUAGGAGAGAAGGAGGGAGGGGUGACUUGCAUUCCAUACAAGGUGGUGUCCACUGCGGCUGUCAGACAUCCUGCCGAUAAGAUCAAAGUCUGUGCGUAUCUUUGCCCCGGUCAAGGGAAGAUAGCUCGAAAGACGUGGCCUUGCUAUCUCCAAUGUGGUCAACUAAGUCUAGCCUGGAGCGGAAAAGGUGGUGCGGGUGAAGAAUUUAGGGGUAGGAUGGGGAAAUAAUUAAAAUAAAAUAAAUAAAUAAGGAAAAAUACUAACUAAUGCUGUGAUAAUUUUGAGUGACUCUGACAGCGAGUUUUUGACUUGUCACAGAUAUAUGAAAAGUGUCAGAUUGUUUAAUGUUACUAUUAAAAAGUAUAAAGCUUGUAGAAUUUUUGUCAAGACACCUUUCUUUACUGGCUAUUGUAAUGGAGUAGCCAUACCCACUUUAGCACAAGACAUGUUAUUGGGAAAUGUUAGGGGUAUUAGAUCAUGUACCAUGAGAGAUAUAUAGAGAGGUGGCAAAACAAAUACAGUUAUUUGUUACAAAUAAAUGGGGAACAUAGAAAUACCAGACAACACAAUAGACACAUGAAUAGAUUCACAUAGAAGAAACAUGACUUGCUAUAAUUGUAACAAGCAAGGACAUUUAGCCAGAGACUGCUGGAAUAGGUCAUAUAAAAAAAUCAAAAGAUUUUGAGCUCAUUAUUAUAAAAGUGGUAAAAGAAUAAACCAAAGCAGAAAUAAAUACAGUGACUAUGAAGUUAACAAGUAUAGAAAUCAGAGUAACCAAAAUAAUGACACAACAAGAUAUGAUGUAAACUAAUAACUAGUAUUUUGAAUAUAGAACUAUAUCAAGUUAAACUAAUUUAUUGAAGAUAGUAAAGAGAUGAUAUGUGUAUUUUAAAAGUUGAGAAAUAUGGAACAAGUUAACCAUAAAAUGGAAUAUAAUGGUGGUUAAAGAGUAUAAAUUUGAAGUAGAAAGCUAUUAAUAACUCUUUGAUUUAUUGUCUAGAAUGGCAUUGACAUAAUUGAAAAGUUGUAUUGAUAUAUACAUUGAGGAUAUUCUACGAGGAACACUUGUCCUGGAGAUGUGGAUGUGUAUGAACUCUAUGCUUUCGUGUCUUCAUGAUGAACUAUAAUGAACUCUACGCUUUCAUGUCUUCAUGAUGAACUAUAAUGAAAUAUAUGCUUUCGUGUCUUCACGAAAAAAUAUGAUGAACUAUAUACUAUCAUGAUAUGAUCUUUGUGCCAAGAAGAUGAAAAGAACUUUGUGCCAUGAAGAUGAUAGGAACUUUGUGCCAUGAAGAUGAAAGGAACUUUGUGCCAUGAAGAUGAAAGGAACUUUGUGCCAUGAAGACGAAACGAACUUUGUGCCAGGAAGAUGAACUAUGGACAGUGAAUUAUUUUUAUAUUUGUGUUCUUUCCCCUUUGAUGCUCAUUGUCCAUUGUAUAGACUUAGACCGUUCUAGAAAAAAUAUUGUUAUAUUUUUUUAAGAAAAAGGGGGGAGGAACUGUUAGAUAGCUAGUUUAGUUAGUUGGGUGACGCACUUUAAUGUACUGACAUUGAACGGAUAUUUUAGAAUGACGACAUAGACUUUGGGUGUUAGAGGUUAAGAUUGACGUAUAGAAAUCAGUUACUGCUAAACUCUUGAGGGGAUAACAUCGUUAUUAGUGACAGGCUAGACUGUGGCCCAUUCUGUAUUAAACGUUUGUUUGAGGUU